CCCACCUUCAUAGGCCAGGAGCUGCAUGUGCCCACUCUCUUCUUCAACCUGAUCCUCGAGGUUCUCGCUCUCCCCUUGACCGCCUGCCGCGUCAAGACCGCCUGUUGGGUGCUUUCUGCACAGGACCGGGUCCACUUCUGCUAAGAUUGUAUCUUGGCCUCCUCUGGUUCUCGUAGCGCUUCUCAGCGGGACUGACGCUACGUGCGUACACCGACCAGCUGGCUUUGUAACUUAUUUCUCGGAUUCGUGCCUCCGCCACAUUCUUUCCACCUUCUCGCUCUUUACCUAGACGACUAUCUCCAUCACGAUUCGACGACGUCAUGGUCUCCCAAGCUGCUGCACCCGGAGCUGCUUUCAAAGUUCUGAGCCCGAACGAAGCGAUCCAGUUCAUCUUGGCUGACAUCCCAAACUUCUGCGUGGGGAUCUUGGCUCUCGGAACUUUCACGUUCUUCUUGCUGAUGAAGCGUGUCGACAGAUGGAUAUUCUGCUUGCACGUGUCUGUGCUACUCGCGUUCCUCGCCGCGAUCUUCGACCUUUCACAACUCCUCAUUCAAGGAAGGUCUUCAAACAACGGUUUUACUCCGGCUGGUGUCUCUGGCCUGACCACGGUCCGCGAGGUCUUCUACUCGUUCGCGAACGGUCUCCGUUUCUUGUUCUACUGGGGAUUCGUUGCCACCAUUCCUCUUGGCGAGACCGUCCCAGAGGGCAACAAGAUGCACAGUGGUAGCUGGAGACGUUGGGGACUGAUGGGCCUGGUUUUGAAGUGGUCGACGCUGCUUCUCGUACUUCUUACCACCAUCUUGCAGCUCGCCUUCCGCGACGUCUCUGCGCUCGAGCAAAUUGGCCCAGUAUAUGAGGCAGAGUCUACGCUCGAGAUAAUCCUCUCGGCCAUAUUCAUCCUCAAACUCCUCCUGAACACCUGGGCCAGAUUCUCUGUCGGCUCCAAUACGCUGUCAAGGGGAAAGAUGAUGAUGCAGUACGCCCCAAUCAUUGUUUCUCUGCUGUUCAGCUUGUGGAUUGCUGUCGGGAAUGUGAUCCUCUUCGAGUUCACGGAGACUGCUCUGGGUCGUUUCAUGCGUGCUGUAGAGUUCUACAUCGCGAUCGUCUACAUGCUUACGAUCUCCUUCCAUCACCUUCGCCAUCUCUCCUUCUUCCCUGUAUAUCGCCCUGCCUCUCGUCCAAAUACAGUCAACAAGCGCAGCUCGAUCGACAAACCCAGGAUGAUGAUGGUCAAAAACGAGCCGAAGCAGGUUGACUUGGUCGAGGUCCUCGAGGAGCGCUAUCGCGGUGCCCAGGAGAUCCCCCAGACAGUCGAGCGCAACAGUGCCCGGUCGGCGAAGGUCGAAAGCUCUAACCAGCAUCAGUCCAUGGCCGCCCGUCUGUCGACUUGGUUGGGCGUCGGUCGUCCUCAGAGCAAUGUUCAGUCUUGGGAUGUCGACACAGAGCGUGGCCCCUCUCCCGUUCUUGACGCGGUCAUCACGCCGUGGUAUGCCCCCGAGCAAGAAGCGGCUCGCGCCCCGACUCCUGAAGGCCCUGCUCAGCCGGCAUUGGAUGAGGAUGAACGCCGUGGCGUGUCUCCUCUGCCAGAUUACACUCCGACUGAGACCAAACCUAGGGAGCCCCUCCCCUCGUCCGACAACACGUACGCUCCCCGACCACUGGAUGCUGAUGAACUAGAGCCGGCGAAGACCCCAGUUCCCAACAGAAAUUGGCAAGACGUCGAAUACUCGAAUGCUGUAAGGUACUCCGGCGUAAACCAGGAUGUCCUCGCGAACGCCCUCUCGCAGAGGUACUACAAGACCCAGGACGACUCCCCCAUUGCCUCGAACAUCCAGGUCGUUUCGCCACCCAGCGACGACGAGGCUUCGAUGCGCCGCAACAGUAUUGGUGCCAACAGCGAAUAUAUGGCGUCCCCUUAUCCGUCAUCGCCUAUGGCUUCUGCUGUGACUCCCCUUCCUCGGAGCCGUCCUCUGCCUGUGCCAGACCGUCCCACGUCGAUGCUCAUGUCACCCAUGACAUCUGUGCCUCCAGAUUCAGCGCGUUCUUCGAAUAUGUCCAUCCUCCUCCGUCGCCAGGACGAGCUUGACAAGUCCAUCGCGGCUCUCAGGCUGUUCUCUCCCACGCAGCCGCAGUUCAAUGUCGACCAGGCACCGGACGAUUCAGCUGAGUAUGAGUACCAAUAUGCUGAAGGUUCUUCCGCCCAGGCUAGCAUUGGCCACUCUCCAAUGAGCGCAGCCAUUGCCUAUGCCCCCUCGGCCAGUCCGGAAGUGCCGCUCACGACUCCUCGUACGGGCCCCCAAUGGUCCGCGCAAAGUGAGUUCCAAUUCGAUCAGCAGCCCCCGCUCAAUCGGUCGAGCAUGGACUCCGGUGUCAUCCCAACCAUGUCCCUGCCGGUCGUGAACCAGGCGCCGAGCUCCCUCGCGCUGCCUCGCGCUCCUACCUCUCGCUUCUCAGACGGCUCAAGUGUUGGUGAGCGUGAGCGCCGCAUCGACUCGAUGGGCACGCAGUACGACAUUACCUCGUUUGUCGGCAACCUGACCGUCCCCGUCAACCCUAAGGAUAGUGUGAUGUCCGCGACCUCCGUGGCGUACUCUGACGAGGGCAUGGUCAACGUCGCGACCGUCGCGCAGCCACCCACAUUCGCCCGCCCGACGCUCAUCACACAGCAGCUCGCUGCAUCUGUUGUGCCCCGCGGAGACCCAAACCCAUCGAUGUCGCCGUAUUUGUCCGCCCGCCGCGCGCUACCUCCCAUCCCACAGCCCGUAGCGCAGCCUCAGCCACAACCAGCCGCUGGCUCCCCCGCCCCCCUUCGCUUCCGCCGCGCCGUCGGGCUCCCCGCCAACCCCAAACUCCAGUUGGCAACACGGAACCUGACGCCAGUCGACGAGAAGACGAGGUCGCCGACUGACACCACCACGCUUGAGACCUCCCCGCAGAGUGGGUCCGGCACCCCAAUGACGGGGAAAGCGUGGUGAAUGCCUCGUCUUCGAAAACGGCGUCACCGUCGAAGGAAUCGCGAUAUGUCGUCUUAGGUAGGAUCCCCCCCCUCCCCCUGCCCUCCAGCCAACCAAUCUGCUCUCGAGCAACCCAACCACCAAGCAUCGCACUCUAGUAUCUCGGUACCAUGCUGCUCUGCACUGAUCGUCAUUGUCAUCGCUCGCACUCGCCUCUCGCACCUCGCACACGCUCUGCUGUAACUAGUAGUACAUAGCACCAUUGACGUGACGCUGACCAGUGCUCGCUCUGUGUACAAGGAUAUUGGACUUUAUCAUUAUUUCGACCUAUGU